AUCUGCCGGGCGGAUGUGACGCAUUAUUAUAGGCGACAGAUUGCUGCGGAGCCGGUUAUUCGGUGAUGUAGGUAGCGGACAGUGCGCGCGUAUCUCUAGGAUAAAGCUGGAGAAGUCCCCGGAUACAGGCGCGGUGCAUUAUGGACGAAGAGCAAACAAGCUCUUAUAAGGAACCAUGUCCUCAAUGUUCAGAAGUUAACUGGGGGAUCAGUGAUGAAUGCAAGUACUACUGCAAAAGCUGUCACACUGUCAUAGAGAAAACCAAGGACAUUGAAGAUGACUUUGUCAUCCUGAAUACAAGAAUCCAGUCUAUUUCAAGAGGAUUAAGAAAAAAGAAAGCCGAGUGGGGCUGGGACUGGUAUAUCUGUGAAGGGUUUCAGCUGAUCCUUAUCAAACAAGCUGAAGCACUUGAAGCUUUGGGAAUCUGUCCUGACAUUAAGGACAAUGUUAUGUGUAAUCUGUGGCGGCGAUACCUUCAAAAGACCAAACAGGCAUACUGCAAAAGACCCAUCAGUCAGCAACCAAUGCGCGUGGUUGUUGAGAGUAGCCUGGCCUCCUCAGAACUAGACAGCGAGUCUGAUUUUUGUAGCACACAGGCCACUUCGGAGUCUGAUAUGGAAGCACCUUCUGUGAGCAGUGCUGGUAUUGCUUCCUCAGAAGAACACGCAGAUACUUCAGGUGCAGAAAGUGCAAUUUCUUCAGUCCAGUCAGGGUCUAUAGAUGGAGGUUCAUAUUUAAAGACAAAAUCCUUGAAGAUUAGAUUGUCUAUGCCAAUGACCCUGGCAUUCUGUUACCUCUCAUUACUAUGGGUUAGGGCAUCAAUCACACUGUCUGACUUACUAAGGUUGGUUUUCUACCGUCACAUUCCAUACUAUAAUCCUCAGCAGUACUUUCCAGAGAAAAUGAAACUCUAUGGACCAGAUAUAAAUGUCUUUGAGAUUCAGAACUUUCCAACCCAUGACAAGAUUCUGAAAAUCUCCCAAGAGCUUGCUGCCUUAUUGGCCUUACCUCCAUUCCCUCCGAUCACAGAAUCCUGCUAUUACCAUCCUAAUGUCCUCUGUAUGAAGUAUCUGAUGGAACUCAAUCUGCCAGAUGAGCUGCAUAACUGGACUUGCUGCGUGGUGGCGAAGGCCAAGCUGGACGAUGCGACAGUUUUGUCAUAUAAGUCAGGGUCAAGGUCCAAAAAGGAAAGAAUGAUCCCAUAUGACGUACUAGCUGUGGCCAUAAUAGUAGUUGUUCUCAAGUUAAUGUUUGCCCUUGAUGACGACUUAGAAUGGCAGCUGGCCAAGAAUGCAGAAAGAAAAAAUCAAGAGGGAAACGGUAGCACAAUAUUUGAUUUCCAAAAGUGGCACAUGACCAUGAGGCUGUGCAUGAAUGAAGAACAUCGGAAACUAGAGGAAGAAAAGGCCAGAUUUUCUUGGGAGAGUGACAGAAUUAUGGCUUACUCCCGGGAGGCCAGAGCAAGGUUUCUGAAAAGAAAGCGGAUGGCAAAUAACCUGCAGAAUCGGUUUGGCAGGCUGGCUGGCGCUGCACCUGAUGCUGGGAAUCGGGGCCCGUCAAGUUUCUUGUUUAACUGGGAAGAGCAGAACACAGGCAAGAUCUGUUUUCAUGGUCACAGCCUGGAGGGAAUUGCGCAAAAAAACAAGAAACAGUCCUGCAGCCAGAAGAAGAAUUACUGGUUGAACAUCCUGAAAAAAUGCAGAAGCAGAUUUUGCAAACACUGGAAACAAUAUGAUGAGUCUCAAUUCCCGAGCAGCUAUCGCUUUGUCAUCUCGCUCUUCUCCACGGUCCUGAGAGUGGAGCCCAGCGCCAUUCAUUAUGAAGUCGGCUUGGUGGAGGAAAAACUCUUACAUGAGAUGCCUAGUAAAAGUAAACAAAGGAAAAAGAUAAGGAAAAAGUACGUUUGACAUGGAGGUAUCAUUGGGCACGAGGAUAUGUAAAUAAAAGCAAUCGGUUUUCUACAGUG